UUGAUUGCACCAUCGCCUCACUGAAAUGGAUUUGACUGAAAAACAGCAGUUGUUAUUUCACUUGUACACUGUUCUCGUGGCAAACAGUAUUCUGAUAUACGAUCAUAUGGUGACUCUCCCAGAAGAAAUCGUGUUCAUUUGGUGUCGUCCAAAGAUACUGUCUUCAAAGUUCUUUCUCAUCAAUCGCUAUGUUGCCCUGGUCGGCAAUAUGUUUGGCUUGUUUAUCGAUUUCUUGCCUGCCGUUUCAGAUGAGCUGUUCUAGAUACAUGCUUAUCAGAGAGUUGUCGCUUUUUCUUCAACAAAUCAUUGUUUCCUUCACAUUGACUCUGCGCGUUUAUGCCCUGUACGGUCGUAGCAAGCGCCUGCUUAGUUGCAUGAUAAUCAUCGCUCUUGCUCUUAUAGGAGGAGCGUCUGCGGGUUCUUUUGGAGGUCAUUCAAAUACUACACCGUACAUCCAAGGAAGUGAUUGUCAUAACACAUUCAGUGCAAAGACGGCUGCCCGUCAUGGGCUGGCUUGGGUUGCAGUUUCUGUCUAUGAUCUACUCAUCUUUGUCCUUACAGUCUUCAGGACUUACAAGACUAGAGGAUUUCCGCGCUUAACUUCAUAUAGCAGAGAUAUCCUUGAUAUCAUAUUCCAUGGUGGUGCGAUGUACUUCGCAGCGAUGACAUUGAUUAAUUUACCCAACAUCCUGACAUACUACUGUGGUUCAGAUAUUACCAGAGCAAAUCUAGCCACAUUUACUAGUUGCAUGUCCGUCACUCUUAUCUCUCGGCUGGUGCUUAACCUGCACAAAUCCACGGAUGAUGGCAUUUUAUCCACUGCCAUCCGGGCCAAUGGCCGUACCCUCGAUGUCUUUACCACCCUCGACAUGCAAUCCGCGCUCUCCUCUCACGAUUUUUAGGCUGGUUCUGGUUGAUUGGAUUCUGUUCCUAGUUGUGCAAUUUCUCUGCUUUUAGUUAGCGUGUUGUAAUCUUACAGACAAAAUGCAGAAGAAUUCGAUUUGAUGAUCACGAUGAGCCCGUCUUAGUGCCGAUUUACAGCUGACAAUGAAUGCGUUGAGGUUCGAGGCAUAUGGACUCGGG